AUGGAGUGUAACGGCUGUACAGCUAUGGGACAUCCGAGACGUUUUCCUUCUCGGUUAUGGCUUUUGCCAACUGGAUCAGAUGAUGCCACUUGCCGUCUCUUCGAUAUUCGUGCAGAUCAGGAAUUGGCCAUGUAUUCUCACGAUAACAUUAUUUGCGGUAUUACUAGCGUAGCUUUCUCAAAAUCUGGUCGGCUGUUAUUCGCUGGAUAUGACGAUUUUAACUGUAAUGUCUGGGAUUCAAUGAGGCAAGAACGAGCA